CACCGAAUUUGGUAACCAACAGCCGCUUCGUCGCGUCCAUCAGCGAGCGCGUAUAAGAGGGCACCGUUCUCAGCGACAGUCUCCUAUCUGUAGGACUAUUCAAUCAAUAUCUUCAUAGCUACGCUAUGCCCCACCAGCCACGCAUUCGUGUCGUUGUGCAGCUCCCCCACAACCGUCCUGACCACCCACUUCCCGAUCCUCCCCAUAUUGAAUGGAACGCGGAGAAAGCUAACGUUCUAUGGGAGGUUAUCGCACUCUCUCGGACGAGCGAUAAUGGUGGCACGGAUUGGAAAGGCCUAGCAGCACAUCUGGAAGUGCCACUUCCGUAUCUACUUUAUCGUGCACAGGCCCGAUAUGAAGAUGACUUACGGGGAUUGCAAGGCUUCCACGCUGGCAAUCAACAGAACCAGCCUGCUACCAAGUCCACAGAGGUAACACCUGUCCUCCCAGACCGUCCCCCCUCCAUUCAGAUUCCUGCUGCACGAGUCAACUCCCUGAAUAGCGCCUGUAGACUCUCCUCUUCCAAACUGGCAACGCCUCUUGGUGUCCGUGCGCGGCUCAACUCCCUCACCCAACACAACUCUGUCCAAUCACCUGCAAAGUGCAAGAAAGCAUCGUCCUCAUCAACGUCUACUCUUCAGGGAACUCAGAUAAAGAGACCCCUACGCCUGCCCUCUCCGUUCUCAUCUGACGAGAGCGAUUCCGAGGAUGAGCAGGCCGCCAAAGAAGAAGAAGCGGACCGUGCGGCAGAAGAAGCGGAAACCUUGUCACGCAAACUUGAAAGCCUGCAGCGCAUGAUGACGAGCGAGGCCCUCGGCCUUGUAAGUUCCCCACUAUCCAAUGAGAAAGGCAAAGCACGAGACGUGAUACGCGGGCGUGCGCCGGUGCCUAUUUUCCGCCCUGGACGUGAGGGUGAGGAUAUCGCAAGCUUCAAACGCAACGAUGAGAGCUUCAAACGUGAAGAACGGAACCGCGAUCACAGCGCGUCUGUAUCGAGUGCAUCUUCUCCGCAGAAUUCAAUCCCUUCGAUCCCGUCCCCCUCGCCAGAGUCCCAUUCUCCGAUGACCCGGCAUAUCACCGCGAAUAAGUCGAGCAGCCCGCCAACAGUGUCGACGCGGAACGCACGGGGGCAGUCGCACAUGCGUUAUGGGACACUUGCGGGGCUUAGCGAGCAGGAGAGCAGUCAUGGAAGCUCUGCCUCGAGCUUUAGUGACAUAAGUGAAGCAAGCUUUUCGGCGUCAGCGUUAGAGAGCGCGCUGAUGUCAAAUGUCCCUGCAGGAGCGGGGUCUCGUCUGUCUGCAAUUGCAAGAAGUAGGUUUGUACGUGGUGUGCGGUUGUAGCACCCCCUCAUCUGACUGAUUUAUUAUUGUUUUCUAUUGAUGAGCUCUGUUCAAAGGAAUCUGUACCACUACCAUUCUUAUCAUAAGCUUCCGUGUAUCUGUUCCUAAUCUUAUCAACCUAGGUUUGAUAGACACGUCAG